ACUCGCAUAAACACAGAGUUCAUUUUCAGAGCAGCUUCAGCCUACAAUAACUGUCCUCAGGUAUUCACAGACGUUCAGAGAAAGAGAGAAUGGCAGCUGCAGAAUCCAAAACAGUUCAUUCACCACUCGUCACAUAUGCUUCAAUGCUUUCUCUUCUAACUUUCUGUCCUCCUUUUGUUAUAUUACUAUGGUACACCAUGGUGCAUGCUGAUGGGUCUGUCGCACAAACUUGGUACUAUUUGAGGCAGCAUGGGCUACAGGGCUUCAUAAACAUAUGGCCAAGGCCCACUGCUGUUGCUUGGAAAAUAAUAUUUUCUUAUGCAGCAUUUGAGGCUGUGCUUCAGCUACUUCUACCUGGUAAAAGGGUGGAGGGCCCCAUAUCUCCUGCUGGGAAUCGACCUGUUUAUAAGGCCAAUGGUGUGGCAGCAUAUCUUGUGACAAUGGUCACCUAUAUUGGCCUUUGGUGGUUUGGAAUAUUCAAUCCUUCCGUUGUUUAUGACCAUUUGGGAGAAAUAUUUUCAGCACUAAUUUUUGGAAGCUUCGUAUUCUGUAUUUUCUUAUACAUAAAAGGUCAUUUGGCACCUUCUUCCACUGAUUCUGGUUCUUGUAGCAAUAUAAUAAUUGAUUUCUAUUGGGGUAUGGAGCUGUAUCCUCGAAUUGGGAAAAACUUUGACAUCAAAGUUUUCACAAACUGCAGAUUUGGGAUGAUGUCUUGGGCAGUUCUCGCAGUCACUUAUUGCAUAAAGCAGUAUGAAACAAAUGGGAGAAUAGCUGAUUCCAUGCUUGUAAAUACAAUAUUGAUGCUGGUAUAUGUCACAAAAUUUUUCUGGUGGGAGGCUGGUUACUGGAACACAAUGGACAUUGCGCAUGAUCGAGCUGGAUUUUAUAUUUGCUGGGGCUGCUUGGUAUGGGUUCCUUCUGUGUAUACUUCACCUGGCAUGUACCUAGUUAACCAUCCUGUGGAUCUCGGAAUUCAGCUUGCACUUUAUAUUCUAGUGGCUGGAAUUCUUUGCAUAUACAUCAACUAUGACUGUGACAGGCAAAGGCAGGAAUUCCGCAGAACAAAUGGCAAGUGCUUAAUUUGGGGGAGAGCUCCAUCAAAGAUAGUGGCGUCAUAUACUACAGGUUCCGGAGAAACUAAAACCAGCCUUCUUCUAACAUCAGGAUGGUGGGGUUUGUCUCGUCAUUUCCAUUACGUACCUGAAAUAUUAGCUGCCUUCUUCUGGACUGUCCCAGGUCUCUUCAACCAUGCUUUGCCAUAUUUCUAUGUGGUGUUUCUUACUAUCCUUCUUUUCGACCGAGCCAAAAGGGAUGAUGAUCGAUGCCGAUCUAAGUAUGGAAAGUACUGGAAACUAUAUUGCGAGAAGGUUCGCUACAAAAUCAUUCCUGGCAUUUACUGAGAUUUGUGUUUAAUCGAAAAUCCGGCUCCCAUCUUGAAUCAGCUUGGGGAUUUAGAUGUAUCAGUACUAGUGUUGAAUUGAGGUAAAAAGUUUUCUGAUUUGAGUUGCUCUCAGUGGCUAAUUAAGUUAAUUUUUUUUCUGAUUUAGGAAAUCUUGGUUUUGGAAUAUCAAACGUAUUCUUCCCUGAAGUUCUUACUAUAACUAUACUCUUUUAUUAUGUUUUGAUUUUCAUAGAACAUUGUUUUUAAUUUUUAGUAUUAA